CUCGUCUGUUUCUCGCCCUUGUCAAUAACUCCUGUCACACUUUCUCGUGGCAUCUAUACCAGGACAUCUAUUAGAGGGGAGGUAAUUUGAUACGUUAUAUAGAGUAAUUUUUUUUUAUUACUAUUAUGAGAAACUGGACUCGCAAGGGGCAGUAAUUUAGUGUGCGUUUUGAAAUUAGGAUUAUUUAAUUUUUCUGACGGUGUAAAAAGCAAGGACUAUAAAACUGACAAGUCGUAUUAAGUGUAACCAUGGCAACGGAAGAGAAGUAUGUCUGCUCACUCCCUGACUCUGUAUUGAAGAAAGCAAUGUCAGAACUGAACGAGGAUCCGAACACGAGGCUACUGGAGAUCAAGAAUCUGCGACAGCGCCUCGAGAAGUAUCCAGGUUUGAAUGGCAGAACAGACCCGAAGUUUUUGCUCAGGUUCCUCAGAGCUCGAAAGUUUGAUCAAGAAUUGAGUUUUAAGCUGCUCUUGAACUACUAUACAACUAGAAGAGAUGACCAAGAAGUUUUCUCUGAUUUGAGGCCCUUCUGUGUUCGUCAUGUGUUCGAAUCGGGCUACACCACGCCCCUAGGUGUACGAGACAAACAGGGCGCUGCAAUCAUUCUAGAGAAACCAGGAAAAUGGGAUUAUGGCAGAUUCUCGGAACUCGACCUCAUCAAAGCAGAUUGUAUCACAAUACACAAAGUUAUCGAGGAUGAGAUAACUCAGGUCAACGGGAUAACUCUUGUGAUUGACUACAAAGGGUUCACUCUGUCGCACCUGGCACACACCUCACCAUCGUUUGCAAGAAGGCUGUGCAGACUGUGGCAGGAUGUGUUUCCAGCUAGGCUACGAGCGGUCCAUAUAGUCAACGAGCCAGCAACCUAUGGCAACAUAUUCGCUCUAUUCAAACCUUUCCUGAAACAAAAACUAUUGGACCGGAUUUUCUUCCAUGGACCAAGACACGAAGAGCUACUGGACCACAUUGACGAGCAAAACUUACCGGAAGCUUAUGGUGGCAAGAUGACAGACGUCUCUGAUACGACCUGGUGUGACGUCAUUCUUCAGUACGACAAACAGUUUGAGGAGGACGCUAAGUUUGGACUUCUGGACAUGACCGUCAGCUCUGCUUUGGACGCAGACUCUGAGAGCUUGGGGGGCGUGGCCCAGAGCAGCCUGGUGGGUACUUUCAAAAAGUUGUCCGUGGACUGACCACGCCAAGAAGUGAUGUUAUCACAACCCGUUUGUUUUUAUUUAUGUUGAACAAUAAAAUUAUGUCGCGUUGUGAAUUAUUCA